CUUGGUAAAAGUGGAUGUAUCUAUUUGUUGGGAAAGAAGGUAUAUUUUGGUCAGAAGUGUUCUUGUCCGACUAUUACAUCAUUUUUGAACAUGAGUGAAGCUUUAAUGUUUGUUAACAUGCCGCUGACUGUAUUUGCGGAUGAUGAUUUUAAAUACAUGGAUGAAGAGAUAGAUGUAUUAAAAUGCUGGGAAACUUUAUUCGACAAUCCUUCAUCAAGUGAUCUCACAAUACAAGUGGAAGGGCAACCCAUACAUGUUCAUAAAGCUAUUUUGAAGAAACGUAGUUCAUAUUUCAAAACCAUAUUCCAAGAUGACUCAGUGAAAAAUCAAAUAAAAAGAAAGAAAAAAGAAAAAGAUGUCAUCGAGCAUUUUGAAUAUUCUUAUAUCGUAUAUAAAGCUUUCCUGAAAUACUUAUAUACUGAUAUAGUCGAUCUAUCUGUGAAGGAAUUACUAAAGCUAUUGGAUUUAGCUAUCGCAUAUUGUGAGAACAAGCUUGAGAAAUAUUGUAGGCUGGAAAUAAAACGAAAAACUACCGUAUGAAAUGUAGCCUUUACUUAUAGCACUACAAUAUAAUAAAAUAUGAUAAGAAGGUAACACUUUGCAAGAUUAUUAGAAUUUUGCUGUAAGUUUGCUCUGAAACAUGAAGCAGAUGUGAUACGGACGGAAUCUUUCGAUCAAUUAGAUAAAGAAAUUCGAGAUGACUUUUCAAUUAAAAUAAAUAAAC